AUGGCUUCCGAGUACAUCAACAAGGGCCAGGAGAGUAUCCAACGCACCCUUUGGCCUGAGUUCCAGCCUAUGGCGCAGAGUAACGAGAAGAACAGCAGGCAAAAGAAUCUCGCCUACGACAUCCACCAGAAGCAGCAUCAGACCAACACUUCUUCCCCCAUUGAGGAUGAGCGCGAAGAUGUUUUCUCCCCUAGCAUCAUACAGACCAUCGAUGAGAUGAGGCCCGUCGACGGCUUUCGGAACCAGGACUACAUCGAUUGGGGCCGUACUGACGAGGAGCGCCGCGAGGCCUUCCUCGCUGAUCUCUACGAGGGGCCCUAUGUCAACAUUGGACGACCCAUUCUUGUACCUGUCUCCCGUUUGAGUCGUACCAAGCUUCGCGGAACCAGCGCUCGCAUAUUUCAUGACUCGCCUGUCGAUCUACCUUUUCCUCGUGGCUUUCGCAGAGAAUCGCCUGACGCCUUCCUUGGCCCUGCAGCUCCCAUCAACGCCACUGCUCCACCGACCCCUACCCGCCUCGGCUCCUUGUCUGUUGGCGAAGCCCGCAGAUCCAACAAGACCAUUCGGCUCGAAAAGAAUGAGAACACCGGCAUGAACAGUGACCCCAAUAAGCCCAGUCCCGGCACCGGCAACCACCUCAUCUUCGACCCGAGCCCUAAGAACCUCUUGGCUCUCGGUAUGAAAGGCAAGACCAUAAACGGCGCCCAGAGCGGCUCAACCAUGGAUAUCAACAAGAUUCAAGGCGAGACUGCUCCCUCUACCCCGCCCCAUCCCCCUCCUGGCUUCCAACAGGAGGAGGGCCCAUACGGUGCUACACCUGACCGCCCUCGUACUGUCAAAACGACACCGGCCACAAUGUUCCCCUGCAACGAUACGAAGCCAGAUGAAUCGCCUACCCUCCGCCUUCAGAUGGGGCGUCUCCGCAUCACCUCAGCUGAUGAUUUCAACUCGGGCGCGGCUGCUGGCUCUGGUUCCUCAGACCGUUAUAGCGGCCGUGCUCAUAGCCCUCACCCGUACUAUUUUGGUUACCCAGUUCCACGUACACCAACAAAGACCAAGAGAGCUCGGGGUGAGUUUGAAAGGACUACUACCCUCUCGGGCAGAGACGUCGCACGCGAGCGCGAGAUUCUGGCUCGCUUCGCCGCUGCCGCCAAAGACGAGGACGGGGACGAGGAAGAUGAGAAGGAGGAGGGUGAGGAGGAUGAGGAGCUCACGCCGAAGGCUUCGGUCCUCAACCGCCAUAUGGAUAUUGACGAGGAGUAA